GUAUAUUCUUUCGCAAAGAUAAAAUGUCAGUUGAAUAUUGCGGUUUGCGGUAGGCAGUGACGGCUUCAUGUGUAUUUUCCGCAUUGACAAUAUUUCCAAUUUCGCACUUUCACCAGUUAAUUAUUAUCAGAUUGUGUAAUAAGUAACAUUUCUGUGUAAUUCUUAGUAUUCCUAGCAACGUGUUCGCAUCAAAACCGGCGGUUAUAAUUGUCAAAAUCGUGUAGGCAGUGUUUUUUUCGUAAGACUUGUUUUUUUGUGUAAUUCUGUUUCUGAUUUUUGGCGCAACUUGUUCGGGAAUUAAAAACUGGACUAAUUAAAAGAUAAUAUGAGUGUAAUGGAGCAUCCGCGUCAUACCAGUGUGCAGUGAAGAUAAUGGGACACUUCCACCGGGCACCUUCCUUGCAAAUCACUCUCUCACAGGGGUCGGCGUAUACGCGUGCGAAUCGCAUGCGUUGAUGGGCGGCGGCGCGAGCGCGGGCGGCGGGCGGGCGGCGCGCGCCCUACGCCUGCUGCUGCUGCUCGUGCUGGCCCUGGCGGCCGUGGAGUACCUGUUCGGCUCCAUCCUCGACGCGUCCCCCCUCCGCACUUACCUGUACACCCCACUGUACAACGCCACGCAACCGACACUCAGAAACGGCGAACGACCACCAGCAAGCAUCCCCAAAUCAAUUCCCCUAACAAACACUGCGAAUUACGAACAGUUUACCGAAGCCCAGAACGUCAGUGUUACCAACCACGUGUCACCAAAUAACGUCAUUCGACCCCCUCUCACAGCCAACAUGACGAUUUCCAAGCCAGUCAAUAUCACGCAAGAUUUGUUUGCAAUAAAUGAGGCAACACCGACCUCUGUGCUCAUCACAAAGAUUGUGGAGGGAAUGAAGAAUGGAACGAAUGAACUGAACAGGAAUGAUACGUCUGUCAAUCUGCCGGUUUGUGAAACGAGGACUGAUUUAGGUCCCAUACCAGCAGACAAGAAUGAUUUGGAGCUAGAUGUGGUAGAGAAGAGGUACCCCGAGGUGCAGUGGGGAGGUCGGUACACGCCACCCAACUGCACUGCCAAGCAUAAAGUUGCUAUUAUUGUGCCAUACAGAGAUCGUCAGCAACAUUUAGCAGUGUUCCUAAACCACAUGCAUCCAUUUUUGAUGAAGCAACAAAUUGAAUACGGAAUAUUUAUCGUUGAGCAAGCAGGCAGCAAAGCAUUCAACCGCGCCAAACUAAUGAACGUGGGCUUCGUGGAGAGCCAGAAGCUGGAACCGGGCGGGUUCCAGUGCUUCAUCUUCCACGACAUCGACCUGCUGCCGCUGGACACCAGGAACCUGUACUCUUGCACCAGACAGCCGAGGCACAUGUCUGCUUCUAUAGAUACGCUUAAUUUCAAGUUACCAUACGAGGCCAUAUUUGGUGGAGUGUCAGCCAUGACCUUGGAACAAUUUAACAAGGUCAACGGCUUCUCCAACAAGUACUGGGGAUGGGGUGGAGAAGACGAUGAUAUGUAUUAUAGAUUACACAAAAUGAAUUAUCACAUAGCCAGGUAUAAGAUGUCCAUAGCGCGUUACGCCAUGCUGCAGCAUAAGAAAUCACCGCCAAAUCCUAAGAGGUACCAGCUACUAUCACAAACGAGCAAAACAUUCCACAAAGACGGACUCUCGACGCUCGAGUACGAAGUAGUGCAGGUGAUGCAAUACCACUUAUACACGCACAUCCUAGCCAAUAUAGACGAGCGUAGCUGAUGGACAUAUUUCGCCAAGCUCCUGUUUGGCGACGAUAGGUAACAACCGCUCAGUGCAGUGACUCUCAAACUACUACGAUCGUUACCCAGUGUUGUUGAUCUCUUUCGCAUUCAAUGACAACUAUAGUGUUGCCUGUGCAAAAAACCACUAGGUACGUUUUCUAAGGUUGGCACUAUUGAUGAGUGAAUGGACUGUUAACUGUCAUUAGUCAAUUGUGAUUGUGCGACAAUUAUUAUGUGUAAUGUAAAACUAUUGUAUAGGUAUUGACUCUUGUUUCAAAAUUGCCUAAUCAUUCCAUGAUUAUAAUAGGUACGUCAUAGUUCGACUCGGCCCCUGAACCCAUUUUUGGUGUAUGGCAACACUAGGCAUUUGUCAGCAGUAUACAUAGGUGCAUACUAUAGAAUAGGCCUUUUAUCUACUUGUUAAAUGUUUCAUUAUGUCUGUAUAUUAUUAAUUUAUUUCUGUAAUCUAGUGUAUAAGUUAUAAAUGCUUUGAAAGUAUGUAUUUCUUACUAAAGUAUACCGUUCUUAUUUAUAGUGUAUCUUUA